AUGAUUAUAGCCCACAGAAGACUAUUAUUACAAGGUAGACGACUCAUUAUUAAUAACAAUCUUAUUCCCUCAAUAAAUACCAAAAUAAAACAUUUCUCUACCCAUUCACAACAAUGGAAUUCUUUUCAACAAAUAUCAAAACCUCCAAACCAACUACUUCAACAUUUUUCCAAUCCAUCAAAAAAAGAUCCCUCUAAAUGGUAUUUGAUUAUAGGAAUGGCUGCGUUACUCACGAUUGGUUCUGGUUUUUAUUUUGAUACAUUUAAUGAAGACAAGACAGGUAUUUUGAAAGAUUAUAAAUAUAAUCCUGAAGUAUCCAAAUAUCUAAAAGAAGCAGUUUGGAUGGAAAGUAAUAAAGGAAAUUACAAUUAUUCAGAGGCAUUGAAAUACUAUGCUAUGGCUUUGAAUGAAAUGCCAAACCACAUAAGUAAAUUAUCUGAUGCCUAUACCAGAAUUGAAUUAAAGAUUGCAGAAAUGUUAGAACGCUUAAAUAUGUUUGAUAGAAGUAAAGAUGUAUAUAAUGAAAUUUUGAACCGUUUCUAUCUUGCAUUAAGUGAUAGAAGUGAUAUUUCUACUAAAAUCAGUGUUAAUGAAAGGGCAGAAUUAAUCCGUAAAGACUUACGAAUUCUAAUAAAAUCAUUAGAAUUGAAUCAGGAUAUCCAAUUUGGUAAAAAAAAUCUAUUAGCUCAUCUGUUAUUAGUUCAAGAAGAGAUUUUGUUGAAAUCUCCAGAGUUGAAGGAAUUUUUUGACAGAAAAAGAGAGAGAACCAGCAAAUUACUAAAGGGCCAGUCUCUAACUGUAGAUGACUUUCAAGUAUUUGUCAAUGAAGAAAAUAUUAAAUUAGACAAAGAGGAUAACGGACUUAUGAUUCUAGAUAUGAAUAAGAAUUCAAGUGCUUGGGAACCCUUCAAAGAAGAAUUAUUUGUUGCAAGGGAUUUAUAUACAGCGUAUUGCCUUUCAAGUAAAGAUAUUGCUUCUGCAUUAACCUGCAAAAUGACAACUGUGGAAUGGAUGGUAAUGGCUGAUAUGCCACCUGGCCAAAUCUUAUUGGCACAAGCCAAUUUAGGAUCAUUAUUCUACUUACAAAUGGAAAAACUAGAUGCUGAUAUUGAACAAAUUAAUUCAAAAAUACAGGAAAAUCCAGAUUUAUUAAAGGAUGAUACAAUAAUUAAGGCUCUAAGAACAUUAAAUAAGAAUAAGCGAAACUGUUUGAAAAUGACAGAAAGAUGUUAUGAUUCUAUACUUAAUUUUUUUAAUAAAAAUAAAAGAUUACGUUAUCAUAUAAAAGAUCAAUUAGACACCUCAAUCCUACAAGCCAUUGCCCUAUCUACAUACGGAAAAGGUGUAUUAGUUCUUAAUGAUGGAUUACUAGCACAAGCAGAACGUUUACUUAAAGAUGCAAUAACAUUAGCCAAAGAAGAAGAUUUCAAAGAAUUAGUCAAUGAAGCAAGCAAAGAAUUAGAACAGGUCCAAACACUAAGACUUGAGCAACAACAUAUUAGUGAGCCGCAAAAAACAAUUAGUUAG